AUUUGUUGUACUGCCUCAGUGACUGUAAUGACUAGCUGUUAGCAAGGAACUGCCAUAAGCAAAUAACUGCCAUUAGCAAGUAGCUACCUUUAACAAGUAGCUGCCGUUAGCAAGUAGCUGCUGUUAGCAAGUAGCCACCUAGAGCAAGUAGCUAGUUGUGAGUGGAGUCUGCCUGCUGCAGCACAACCUCAGAUGACACAGUCGGGAGGGAUCAUCGAAAGCUUGCCAUGGCGACAGCAGCACAACGAGGCACUUUGGAGACAAUCCCUAACUUCAGCCCAUCAAUUACCUUAUUGUCUAAGCAUCAAGGUGCCUUUUAUACUGGAUCUGAACAUCAUCUUCAUCCUGCGCUGCACGACAACAACUGGUGGGGGACUGGUCACAAAUGUGUACAGGACGGACCUUGCUGAACGUCAGAAUAAUUACGUUCUGAUUAGACAGCUUUAUUAAUCACCGAAACUACGAGAGCAAGUUUAACAGAGGAUGAGAGGGGAAGCGGAAAGUAACCAGUGUUUCGAAGUGGUAUUGUUGUAAACAUCGCUGUUGCAGAGAAAACUCGAUGGUUCUUGUUUUCCUCCAAGAAACAACUUCCAACAACGCAGGACAUAAUCACCGCGGCCAGAGUGGACAGCGCCGCGGCAUGGAACCGUACACCGUCCCGGGAGCGCAGCUCUCCCUGUCCGACCUCUACUCCGUCAUCCCUUUCAAUGUCACCUUCCCGGACGAGGAGAGCGGCUUGAUGGGCGACAGGCUGCAGAACUACACCGAGCAGCAGCAGCAGGGUCCGGUGAGGAGCGCCGGGGGGAUAAUCAUAGCCAUCUCCAUCACGGCUCUCUACUCCGUCAUUUGCGUGGUGGGACUUCUGGGCAACGUCCUCGUCAUGUACGGAGUGGUCAGAUACACCAAGAUGAAGACAGCCACGAACAUCUACAUCUUCAAUCUGGCUCUUGCCGACGCCUUGGCCACCAGCACGCUGCCCUUCCAGAGCGCCAAGUACCUCAUGAACACCUGGCCGUUUGGGGAAGUCCUGUGCAAGCUCAUUAUUGCCAUCGACUACUACAACAUGUUCACAAGCAUCUUCACCCUCACCAUGAUGAGUGUGGACCGCUACAUCGCCGUGUGCCACCCAGUCAGGGCGCUGGAAUUUCGAACGCCGGUCAAAGCCAAGAUGAUCAACGUGCUCAUCUGGGUUCUGUCCUCUGCGAUCGGGGUUCCGAUUAUGAUCAUGGCUGUGACCAAAGUGACAGAUAGUGGUAAAACCAUGUGCAUGCUGAAGUUCCCUGCCCCUGACUGGUACUGGGACACAGUUACAAAGAUCUGUGUCUUCAUCUUUGCUUUUGUGGUCCCUGUGAUGGUCAUCACCAUAUGUUAUGGCCUGAUGAUCCUGCGCUUGAGAAGCGUUCGUCUGCUCUCAGGCUCCAAGGAGAAAGACCGCAACAUGCGCCGCAUCACCCGCAUGGUCCUGGUAAUUGUGGCCGCUUUCAUCAUCUGCUGGACGCCCAUCCACAUCUUCAUCAUCGUGAAGACCAUGGUGGAGAUUGACAGCAGGAACCCUUUUGUGAUAGCCAGCUGGCACCUGUGCAUUGCCUUGGGCUACACCAACAGCAGCCUCAACCCCGUCCUCUACGCAUUCUUGGACGAAAAUUUUAAACGGUGCUUCAGGGAUUUCUGCCUUCCCUGUCGGACCCGCGUGGAGCAGAACAGUCUGACCAGAGGCCGAAACAACACUAGAGAGCCAGUGUCUGUCUGCGCUCCAUCAGAAGCGGGGAAGAAGCCGGCAUGACUAGGCAUGGACUGGGUCCCCCACAGCUCUCGCUCAAGGAGGAUCCAGCAGGAUCUGCAAUCAGAGGUCACCCAGAUCUCCACAACAGAGUUUUAAGAGAUCUUCGCCGGAACACUUGUCUAAAGGAACUGACUCACUCACCCUUUUUGGCUGACAUACUGGACAUACACCGGAAAAGCUAGAGUUAAAAGCAGACAAGUUUCACUCUGAUAUUACUUUUCCUUCCUUCUGAUAAUAACUUUGAGCAUUUUUUCCACAGGAAAUGUGAUGCCUUUCAAAGGCAUUGACAGUAGAUAGGGUGAUAGCCCGAAGAGUAUAUCCACAUAUUAAAGCAAGAUUAUGAAACAGAAAAUCCCCAGUCAGAUUUUUCUGCUCACAGGAUCAGAGGACGAGCUAGCAAGGACUUUUUGAUGAUGCAAACAGGACCAAGAAACACCUACAGGUUUCUGUCUAUCAUUACUACAUCAUCCAUCAGAGUGCAUUUUAAAUAAAAUACUGACUCCGUGAGGUUGAAGAAUGUGCAACAAAACACAGAAGUGUGAAACAAUGAGCUUUUCAAUUCAAACUUCGUAAUUUCUCACAAGGAACUUUUUUUCCCUGUACAUUGAAAGAAAUUAAAGAGAUUGUUGGUGGUUCCUCUGAAGUAGAAAAAAAAAAAAAAAAACGACAGCGGGGGAGCGGCCAUCUCAUCUAUAUCUUCAACAUCAGCCCAAAAAAAUGGGCCUUAGAGAACAGAACCACACAAGUGAAACCCACCAACAGCUGGAUGAUGAAUGACAUAGUUUCUUGCGCAGUAAGGUAAAUCUCUCUUUUCUAGCAAAGAAGGGAAAUCUUAUUUGGUAUUCUGUGUGAUUCAGGUGAUCUUUUUUGUACAGCAAAAUAAACAUUGUUUUUCGCUUUACAUUCUGCUACCAUAAGCUGUGUUGAGAGAAGAAUUUGGGCAUCCAUGGGUUUGAACAUGUCUGCCAUAAAGGACAAGAAAUAAUUGACUUUUGUGUGGGGGGGUUUUGUGCUCGGAUGGAAAAUGUCAGAAUAGCAUCAAACCACCGAAGCUUGGAUUUCCAUGGACUUCUUGGCUCCUCACCUACUUGACUUUCAAGUGUGGUGUCAAGCCCCGCAGUGAGCCUUUCAGCAAAAUCACUAAAGAAUACUAAACCUGCCACUGAAGAAAACAGUUGGCUGCCACACCGCUGACCUUAUCGGUUCUUUAUUCAAACCAACUGUGAAGUCAAAGAACACCACGGCAGUCAGACUGAGAGGAGCUUCGCUGCUUCAAGGAGAUUAUUGAUCAGCGUCUAUAUUAGCCUCCCAUCCAUCACAUCGGAUCACCAAAUCCCAUUAAAGACGUACUGAAUGGCAUGCGCCAGAACAGUAAUUUAUUCCAGGUAAUUUAUCUACUCCAACAGAUCCUGACAUUAAUCAGACUGGAGACAUCAAUCAAUGGAUGCCAUAAAGUUAAUGACCAUGUCAACUCUGCAAAGCAGAUGUGCUAUGUCAGAGGUAAUAAUGCAGAGUUUAUGGGCAUCUGCUUUCUUAUGAUACAUAUUUUGAUGGCUACAUUGGCAUGAAAACAUGUAAAAAUAUGCCAUAGUUUUGAUUAAUGUUGAAAUGUUAUGACAAAUUGUAAAUGUGCGCCAGAUAAAACACAUGCAAAAGGAAGAUAAAAAGAUUCAGGCCCACGGCUAGAGGGUGUCAUAUGUUGUACAGAUUUUAAAGCCCCUUGAGGCUAAUUUGUAAUGUUUCCAUUUUUGGCUUCAUAUGAAUUAAACUGACUCGAAAUGGAAACUGAAAGGAAAAAGCAAAUUAAUGUGAAUUUGUAGAUAAUACAACGCUUUCGCAUUUGAAUCAAAUUUGGCUUUUCAUCCACAGUUAAAAUGACUUUGAGCUGUGCCUGUGAUUCUGUAAGCUUUCUUCAAACUUUUUGGAUUGUACUAUUUCACCACCAUGCUUUGGACCCAUGUGGCUCAAAUGAAAAAAACAUAAAGAAACAGAAAUGGAAGAAAACAAUUCAGAGCUGAAAGAAAUACCUGCUCUGUUUACAGAUUCAGCAAUUUGCUUGUAGCUUGACUGUGGCUAACCACAGAGAGUGAUAUUCACAAUAGAAAUUGACCACUCUGUGUGCUGUCUAUAAGAGAUUGACAUUUUUGUAGUGUUCCUGUAUAUUUUCUUACAAUGACGAUUGUUAUUUAAAAUGUACUGUAGUAUAUACCUGCUCUCUGCUUAGCUUUGACCAAGUGUUACAUUUGUUGGGUGUGCUGGAUGUCUCUCAGCUAUCAUUAUCUUUGCAAAUAUAGCAGCUGAUCUCGGA